GAGGCGGCGGGCGCACGGAAAGAGCGGACGCCCGCCUUGCUCGGCUCGGGCUCAGGCCCGGGCUCCGGCUCGACCCGCUCUGUCCAAGCCGGACCUGGGCGCGCACCCGCCGGUUGAGGCCGGGGCCAUGCGGACGUCCGCGAGGAGGCCGACCACUGGGCUCAUGGUGUAACCCCAAGACGCGUCCAGGGGGUAAGCGGGGACCAGCUCGGCACCAUGGAGGCCCCCUAUUCGAUGACAGCACACUACGACGAGUUCCAAGAGGUCAAGUACGUGAGUCGGUGUGGUGCUGGAGGCUCGCGCGGAGCGUCGCUGCCCCCCGGUUUCCCGCUGGGCGCAGGGCGUGGAGCAUCCGGGGCCCGCGCCGGGCUGCCGCGCUGGAACCGGCGCGAGGUGUGUCUCCUGUCGGGGCUGGUGUUCGCUGCGGGUCUCUGCGCCAUCCUGGCCGCCAUGCUGGCGCUCAAGUACUUGGGCCCGGGCGCGGCAAGCGGCGGAGCGUGUCCCGAGGGCUGCCCCGAGCGCAAGGCCUUCGCGCGCGCUGCCCGAUUCCUGGCCGCCAACCUGGACGCCAGCAUCGACCCGUGCCAGGACUUCUACUCGUUCGCGUGCGGUGGAUGGCUGCGGCGCCACGCCAUCCCCGACGACAAGCUCACCUAUGGCACCAUCGCCGCCAUCGGCGAGCAAAACGAGGAGCGGCUGCGGCGACUGCUGGCGCGACCCUCUGGGGGCCCCGGCGGCGCGGCGCAGCGCAAGGUGCGCGCCUUCUUCCGCUCGUGCCUCGACAUGCGUGAGAUCGAGCGGCUCGGGCCGCGGCCCAUGCUAGAGGUCAUCGAGGACUGCGGGGGCUGGGACCUGGGCGGUGCGGCCGAGCGCCCGGGGCCCGCGGCCCGCUGGGACCUCAACCGGCUGCUGUACAAGGCGCAGGGCGUGUACAGCGCCGCGGCGCUCUUCUCUCUCACGGUCAGCCUGGACGACAGGAAUUCCUCGCGCUACGUCAUCCGCAUUGACCAGGAUGGGCUCACGCUGCCAGAGAGAACUCUAUACCUAGCUCAGGACGAGGAGAGUGAGAAGAUCCUGGCUGCAUACAGGGUAUUCAUGGAGCGUUUGCUCAGCCUGUUGGGGGCGGAUGCUGUGGAGCAGAAGGCCCAGGAGAUCCUGCAGCUGGAGCAGCGGCUGGCCAAUAUCACUGUGUCUGAGUAUGAUGACCUCCGGCGGGAUGUCAGCAAUACGUACCACAAGGUGACCCUGGGGCAGCUACAGAAGAUCACCCCCCAUCUGCGGUGGAAGUGGCUGCUGGACCAGAUCUUCCAGGAGGACUUCUCAGAGGAUGAGGAGGUGGUGUUGCUGGCCACAGACUACAUGCAGCAGGUGUCCCAGCUCAUCCGCUCCACACCACACAGGAUCCUGCACAACUACCUGGUGUGGCGUGUGGUGGUGGUCCUGAGUGAGCAUCUGUCCCCACCGUUCCGUGAGGCCCUGCAUGAGCUAGCCCGAGAGAUGGAGGGCAGUGACAAGCCCCAGGAGCUGGCCCGAGUCUGCCUGGGCCAGGCCAACCGCCACUUUGGCAUGGCACUUGGUGCUCUCUUUGUACACGAGCACUUCUCAGCAGCCAGCAAAGCCAAGGUGCAGCAACUGGUGGAAGACAUCAAGUAUAUCUUGGGCCAGCGCCUGGAGGAGCUGGACUGGAUGGAUGCCCAGACCAAGGCUGCUGCUCGGGCCAAGCUCCAGUACAUGAUGGUGAUGGUCGGCUACCCAGACUUCCUGCUCAAACCAGAGGCUGUGGACAAGGAGUAUGAGUUUGAGGUGCAUGAGAAGACCUACUUCAAGAACAUCUUGAACAGCAUCCGCUUCAGCAUCCAGCUCUCUGUCAAGAAGAUUCGACAGGAGGUGGACAAGUCCACGUGGCUGCUGCCCCCACAGGCACUCAAUGCCUACUACCUACCCAACAAGAACCAGAUGGUGUUCCCGGCAGGAAUCCUGCAGCCCACACUGUAUGACCCCGACUUUCCACAGUCUCUGAACUACGGGGGCAUCGGCACCAUCAUCGGGCACGAGCUGACCCAUGGCUAUGAUGACUGGGGGGGUCAGUAUGACCGCUCAGGGAACCUGCUGCACUGGUGGACUGAGGCCUCCUACAGCCGCUUCCUGCGCAAGGCUGAGUGCAUUGUUCGCCUCUAUGACAACUUCACCGUCUACAAUCAGCGGGUGAAUGGGAAGCACACGCUUGGGGAGAACAUCGCAGACAUGGGUGGCCUCAAGCUGGCCUACUAUGCCUACCAGAAGUGGGUGCGGGAGCACGGCCCAGAGCACCCGCUGCACCGGCUCAAGUACACACACGACCAGCUCUUCUUCAUUGCCUUUGCCCAGAACUGGUGCAUCAAGCGACGGUCUCAGUCCAUCUACCUGCAGGUGCUGACUGACAAGCAUGCACCUGAGCACUACAGGGUGCUGGGCAGUGUGUCCCAGUUUGAGGAGUUUGGCCGGGCCUUCCACUGUCCCAAGGACUCACCCAUGAACCCUGCUCACAAGUGCUCUGUGUGGUGAGCCCGGCUGCUGCCCGCCUGCCUGCACGCCCCCCUGCCCCGCACGAAUUGCCUCCUGCCAGCUGCCAGGACAGGCUUGUGCCCCAUGUGGCCCUGCCGCUGGCCCACGCACCUUCCCAGCCCCUUCAGGACUGGACCCCUGGGCCCCGUAGUCCAGUUGGAGCAGGUGUGGGGUGAGCUCCAGGGCACAUGGCAGGGAGACACUGAAGUCCCAGACUUGGCUGUACGGAGCCAGACCGCUGGCCAGGUCGGAUUGUUCAGGCCCCACCUCUGCUGUGU